AUGGAAGACUUGAAUGAUGAACUUUUGGAGGAGUCCGAUUACGAGAAUGUCGUGGGUAACAUGGACAGCGGUGAAGAAGAAACAUUAGGACAAGAUGAUCCGGUUGUGCCUGAGGUGGGGAUGAUGUUCGACAACGAAAAUGAAAUGUUCGACUUGUACAAGCGGUAUGCUUAUCAUACAAGUUUUCCCGUCAGAAAACGAAACUCAAAAAAAGGGGAUGAUGGUGUUCUAAGAUACGUGACAUUCACAUGUAGUCGCGAAGGCAGAAGAAGUAGUAAUGCGAGUGAUUCUACGAAGCCUAAACCAAUCAGCCAGACAGACUGUAAAGCACGGAUCUCAGCUUCUUCAGAUAGUCGAGGAAUGUGGAGAAUUAAUACAUUUCACCUCGAUCACAACCAUGAGACUAGUCCUUCCAAAUCUAGGUUGUAUCGAUGUAAUAGAGAGUUGAGUGCAAAUGUGAAAUGUAAACUUGAGGUAAAUGACAUUGCAGGAAUUCCAUUAUAUAAAAGUUACGACUCUGCAGUUGCAGAAGCUGGUGUUUAUGAGAAAAUGACAUGUAUCGAGAAGGAUUGUAGAAACUACAUUGAACAAGCCCGAUGCUCCGGAUUUUACUUCAGUAUUGAUUUAGAUGACAAGGGUCGACUAAAGAAUGUCUUCUGGGCAGAUAAUACGUGCAGGUAA